AUAAUCCGUCUAUCAAUUGUUUAAAAUACUAAAUAAUUUUUUUAAAAAUCAGCUAAUAAUUUAUCUGUUUUGAUUAAUUGUAGAUGUGUUUGGCCGAUUAUAUCCAACAAGGAGCUUGAGUCAGGUGUUAAACUUGAUGGACCAAAUGACAGAGAAUCCGUUCUUUGCGGGGACACAAGGCGGGAUACGUAGAGGCUGGGAUGCGGAAGAAAAUGAAAAUGCCUUGAUUCUCCGGAUCUACAUGCCGGGGCUAGGAAAGGAAGAUGUGAAGGUUUCAGUGGAACAGAACACUCUGGUGAUCAAAGGAGAAAGAGCGAAAGAAGUUGAUGAUGAAGAGAGCGUAAGGUACACGAGCAGAAUGGACUUGCCUGAGAAGAAGUACAAGACCAACGAGAUUAAGGCGGAGAUGAAGAACGGUGUAUUGAAGGUGGCGGUGCCCAGGGUUAAGGAAGAGGAGAGGAUUGACGUGUUCCAUGUCAACGUUGAGUGAAACGCAUGAGGUUUUAGUUAGUAAUUUGGGACUGAGUUUCAUCUUCUCAAAUAGUAUAAAAACGUUUCUGAUUUUGAUU